GUGGACAGUCAUGCGCUAUGUAUGGGCACAGGUAUGUUGUAUUGCAUGGCAUAGUGUGUUAAAGUCGACGACAUAUUUCUUUCUCUUUGCUUUUACCAGCGCUUCAAACAACUAUUAAAAUGCCUUUGGCCAGAGAUUUGUUGCACCCGAAUCCGGCGGAUGAGAGGCGCCGCUGCAAACUGAAACGUCUCGUACAACACCCCAAUAGCUUCUUUAUGGACGUGAAAUGUCCCGGUUGUCUUAAGAUUACGACUGUCUUCAGUCACGCGCAAACUGUGGUCCAAUGUAAGGGCUGUUCGACAAUAUUGUGUACACCGACGGGUGGAAAAGCACGGCUCAGGGAUGGAUGCAGUUUCAGAAAAAAACAACAUUAAAAUCAAUCACUAAUUUGUUUAAAAAUAUUGUCAUUUUUUGUGUUAAACAAAGCUUUUGAAUAAAUUAAUGAAUAAACAAAUUAAUUGAAUGUUGUUUUAAUUAUGUAAUAAAUACUAUUUUUUAAUACAAUAUAAUAAUAAUAUCGGUUCUAAC